AUGGUUGGCGAAUUCAAUAAACGUGGGAGUGGUAUACACAAAAGCUUCAAUUCGCCUCGAGGUGGGUCUACGUCACGUGGAGGGAGUCGUGGCAGAUUUUCGACACGAGGAGGUGGGCGUGGCGGUAUAUCACCAAGAGAAGGUGGUGAUCGUAGUGAUUUGUCUAACCGCGCUCGCGGUCCCAGAAAAGGUGUUGGUCGUGGUGGAAGAGGUGGUUGGGGUGAUCGUGGUGGAAGAGGUAGUUGGGGUGGUCGUGGAAGAAAUGGACGUGGUAGAAGUGAUCAAGGACGAAAAGGAUUUUCUACGAAAAACGAACGUGAUAUGGAUUUCAAAAAGCGAAUGAGCUUUGAUAUGGAUAACAGAUCUGAAAAAUCAGGUGGAAAAAAGAACGAAAAUAAAUACAAGAAAUCAAUGUCGGAACCAUCAACUCCAUCAACUGUGAAGUUUAAGAAAUAUGAGAUGAACAGUGAACAUGAUGAGGAUGAGGUAAUGAGCACCUCAGAUAUCGAAGAUCAAGAAAUAACUCCAAAAACACCAAAAAAAAUUGCUGAUAUGACAUCGAAACAAGAGAAAACACUUACAUCAAAGAGUUAUUCGGAAUUAGUACAGAUAAUGAGUAGUGCUAAAGGUUUAUCGAAAAAAAAGGGUGUGCUUAAACGAGAAAACGGUAAGGAAGAGGAUGAAGAAUUGGUAGUAAGUCGAGAUGUGAAAAAGGCUAAAAUAAUCAAUGUUGAAAGCGACAAGGACAAUGGAGAAGGAAGUGAUUAUAAUGAAGAUGAGGAAGAGAGCAGUGAUGAAGGUUCAGAAGGCGAAGUUGUUAAGAAGAAUGUAAAUGGCGUUGCUGAAACGAGUGAAUCAGACGAGGAUGAAGAUGAAAGUUUGGAAGAUGAGGAUGAAGAUGAAAGUUUGGAAGACGAAGAUGAAGAGGAAACACCUUCUGACGUAAAACCAACACUUAGUUCCACUCCUGGCAAUACAGUGCCUUUGAAGAGCGCACUUAAAACCCCUUGUACUGGGAAAUCAAGCAAGAAGGUUUCACUUUCAGCGAUAACUACAACCACUCCAGAAAUACUUUUGAAGAAUAAAACACCAGCCACACCACAUCCUCAAACAAUGUCGAGCAAAAAUAAGAGACGGCUAAAAUUCGAAGAAUCGGAUGAAAGUGAUGGGGAUGAGGAAGAUGAUGAUGAGAAAGAUGAAGGGAGAUUUAAAUUGGACAAUAGAGAAAUGAAGUUGGUAGAGAACGAUGAUUCAGAAGAUGAAGAAAGCAAUGAAAAUGAAGGGAAAGAUGACACGAAGAGGACAGAACUUGCUAAAACAAAACGAGAAGGAACCGUCGAAGCAGUUAAGAACAAAAAGGACAAAAUCAAUUUAAAGAAGUUCCAUAAUAAAAAUGACAAGGGAACUGAAGAGAAGUUAGCUUCGCAGAAGCAACCGAAAGCGAUAGCUAAUAAGGAUGAGAUGAAGGGAGUAAAAAGGAAAUAUGAAGAUGAACCACUGUUAAAGCCGGAGGAUGCAAAAGAAGUGAUAAAAGAAGAACAAAAACGACGAGAUGAGCGUGACAAGAAAUCAUUAUUUGUGCGAGGAUUACCCAAAGACGUAAAGUUGGGGCAGUUAAAGGCCCUUCAUAAUGACAUUCUUUACGUGCGUCAUAUGCCGCAUCGAAACUUUGCAUGGUUAAUAUUUGCAAGUGAAAAGCUUUGUGAAAAGGCUUAUGAGGAUAUAUCAAAGCAAACUGUGGAAGGCCGAACACUUACUGUCGACUUUUGUGGAUCAAAGGCAAAAACACGUCCUCAAAAGGAUAAAAGUCAAUUGCCCAUCAAUCCCCUAGAGCUAUUUGUUGGCGGCUUACCACCGUCAACAUCCAAAGAUCAGAUGAAAGUUAUCUUUCGUCAAGCGACCAAUAUCAGUUUUCCGAAGCAAGCAAGAAAUAAGAACAAAUUAUACUGCUUCGUACAGUUUGGUGAUGAAAAGGAAGCGAGAGCAGCAUUCGAAAAAGGAAAAACACUAAAGAUUAGCGGUGUACCGGUUGACGUUCUAUAUGCUCGGAUACGCAAAGGGAUAACAGAUGAGGCAAAGCUACCGAAAACGAACCAAGCUUUCAAUUUGUCGAAUGGAGCUGCAACAAAGUCGAAAAUAAAAAACUCACCAAAAAUAAAUGAAACGAAUGGCGAUACGACAAGUGAAGGUAUUGAGUCCUCGGACGAAGGAAUUGAGGAAGUGGAUGACUAUUCUUCAGUUUCCAAGCCCAAGAAGGCGAAGCUGGCUAAAGCAAGUAAUUCUAAAAUCCUGCAUGAAAUUGAAUCACUAAAACAGAAAAACAUUGAAACAAAGUGCGCAACGGUACCUAUGAAAUCGAUUUUGAAAAGUUCCACUGGGAAGAUAUCUGAACAAGGCAAAGCUAAUUUAGAGAGCAAGUUGGUCUUCGAUGAAGAUGACAAGGAUAAUAAUAUUGGUGAUGAUGAUGAUGAUGAUAGUGACAAUGAUAAUAUUGAUGACGGUGAUGAUACUGAUGAUAAUGAUGAGGAGGAGGAACAAGAUGAUGAUGAUGAUGAGGAGGAGGAGGAGGAGGAUGAUGAUGAUGAGGAGGAUGGUGGGAAUAUGGAAGAUAGUGAUGGAAGCAAUUAA